CUAGAUCUAUGGCUAGUGUUGCCAACUGGUCAAGGUCUGAAGCAAAACAAACACGGAUUAAUCUUUCAAUUUAUUUUGUGAUAAUACGGGUUAUAAUAUACGCCUGUUUUCUGACGUAUGUACUGAUGGGUGGGAUGUUGUCGGCGGAGACAGUGUUUGCCACUAUUGCUUAUUGUAAUGCCAUGGGUUGGCCAAUGGGCUUGAAUGUACCUCGGGCAAUUACCGCUUCAAGUGAGCUAAUUAUAGUUAUCAAUCGUAUCCAGAAUUUUCUAUUACUCGAAGAGAUGAGUGAUUUGGAUGAGAGGGAAGGGAAAGACAACGAGGCGUUCAUUUCGGGGGAAAAUGAGAUAAUUCUC